AUGGAGUACAGAGUCUCCAAUCUUUUCAGUGGACUUUUUUCUGUUUUUCACAAUGUGCUCGGAACUAUGAGCAUAUUCACAUCUGUGGGCGGGGGGCUCAAUGAGCACAAAGGCAGUCUGACACGGACAAGCUGCUGGAAGCCACGAACACCCCUGGCACACCUCUUGCCAACAGGAGACCUGCUGGGGCUGCAGAAGGAGCAGCUGGCGGGGCCGGCCCUGUCCCUCACUGGGUCCACCUCUGUCCUGCUCAAUACUGACUGCCAAGGAAUCAUUGGUUUAGAAAAGCGAUCCUUCAAGAGUGACCUUUAG